UUCGCCCAGUCGGUGUCGCUUAGUACGACUUUUGCGGUACUCCACACUGUUUUGCAAGCGAAGCCUUUCCUUGCACCGCUGCUGUGGGGAAAGCGCCGCGAUUUUUCUCGUUUUUUGUUUCGACGACUUAUUUGGGAAAUAUGAAGCGGGCUUGAAAAAAUUACACGUCUUUGAUAGUUCAGCGAUCUUGCAAGUUUUCAAUCGUGAUAUAAGCAUCCAUAAUGGUUCAAGGAUGGAAAAGCGCAGUCUCGAAAAUUUUCCUAAUACCCCAGAGGUACAUUCUUGGUAUCAUGGGCUUCUUGGCGGUGGUAAAUGCGUAUACGAUGCGCGUAGUACUCUCGGUAGCCAUUACAGAAAUGGUCCAACCGAUCGAGCAUCACGAUAAAAUCGAUUCCCAUUCUUGUAUUUCCGAUUGGGAAGGAAACAUAACUACCAUACAUUCUGUAAGAUCUACGAACCUCUACCCAUGGACAAGCAGACAGCAGGGUCUUAUCCUAAGUUCGUUUUACUGGGGUUACGUCAUCACCCAUAUCCCCGGUGGUAUGAUCGCUGAAAGAUUCGGCGGCAAGUACUCGCUGGGACUGGGUAUGCUCUGUACCGCCAUAUUCACCUUCGUUACGCCUUUUGUUAUCUACGCUACUGGAGGUAACUGGCUGUGGGUGGUUGCCGUGAGAGUUUUAGAAGGUUUGGGAGAGGGUACGACGUUUCCAGCACUGACGACGUUGUUGGCCAACUGGGUACCAUUAAAAGAGAGGUCCAAAAUUGGCACUCUGGUUUACGCUGGUAGUCAAAUAGGCACGGUAGUGGGAAAUUCGAUUAGCGGUGCCUUAAUAGCCGCCACCGACGACUGGGCCAUAGUUUUCUACUUUUUCGGUGCGAUGGGUAUAGUUUGGUUCAUCCUGUGGAUGAUGUUGUGUUACUCAGAUCCGCAGUCCCAUCCCUUCAUCACGGAGAAAGAGAAAAUCUAUCUGGGCAAGCAUAUAGACAAUAUAUCGAGUGAAGAAAAAAUUGUUCCGUGGAGGGCCAUUUUGACAUCGGGGCCCAUAUGGGCGUUGGUGGUUGCGCAAAUAGGCCACGACUGGGGUUUCUUCACCAUGGUAACCGACCUGCCCAAGUACAUGAAAGACGUGCUGCACUUUAACGUGAAACAAAACGGCCUGUGGUCUUCCGUGCCUUAUAUUCUAAUGUGGCUGGUUUCAAUGAGUUCCGGCUGGCUUUGCGAUUGGUUGAUACACAAAAACCAUUUGGGAAUUUCCUGCGCCAGAAAAGUGUUCACUACUUUAGCUUCGAUGGGUCCCGCUGUUUUUAUAUUAGCGGCGUCGUACUCCGGAUGCGAUAGAAUGCUAGCGGUGGGCAUGUUCACCAUCGCCAUGGGCUUCAUGGGCACUUUCUAUUGCGGCAUGAAAGUAAACGCGUUAGAUUUAAGCCCUAAUUACGCAGGGACUAUUAUGGCUAUCGUCAACGGCAUCGGAGGCUUGACCGGUAUCAUAGUUCCCUAUUUGGUUGGCGCAUUAACCGAAAACCACACUUUGGCGGAAUGGCGGCUGGUGUUUUGGAUAGCUUUCGGAGUGUUUCUGGUGACGAAUUUGGCGUUUGUAUGUUUCGGCAGUGGAAAGGUCCAACAUUGGAAUGCCGCCGAAACGGAUAUAAACGAGAAAUCGUUGGAAUUUACCCACGUAACGACGCCCUCUCGGGAUUCGAUUAAAAAAUAAAUCGAUCAGGUUGCAUGUGAUUUAAUUGUUAUUUAUUGUUGUAGCAUGUAAAUUCGCUUUGCGUAAGUUGUAAAAAGUAUUGCGUUUUGUAUUAUAUAGUAUUAUCCAUGUUUGUAAUUUUUUUAAAUAAAAAAACAGGUUUUGUUUAA